AUGUAUGUGCUGGACGACGAAGAGGCUGAUGCCACGGAGCUCGACAAGAAGAAGGCAAAGAAGAAGGUGAAGCUCACUCCAGAGGAGGACGCUAUCGAGAAAGCCCGCACCAUCGCCAUGGAGAAGAACAUGUAUUGGGCACCUAUCCUGCUUCUGUUCCCUCUCGGCCCAGUCCUCGUAGCUCUCACGACGGUGGUGUUUGGCGGCGUGAUCAUCAACGCCGCGCCGUCGACAUGCAAUGCAUACCUCAAAACCUUUAUGCAGGGAGCUGUGGGACUGAGCUACAUCCUCAUCUUGUUCUACGCGUAUUGUUGGAUCGGUCCUCGGCCCAUGACAAAGCUCAAGAUCUUGCGAGUGUUCUAUACCAUUUACGGCAUCGUUUGCUUUCUGUGGUGGGGAGUGUUCGGGUCUCUUCAGGCGGCCACCGCGACGUCGACCGGGCUGAAUUCUUGCCUCGAAACAGCGCCGGCCUUGUUUGUGUUUUCGCAGUACCAAGUCACGAUCUUCUGGCUGCUCUUUUGCUUCUUCAUGUGCUUUGCCGUGAAGGAGAUGCGCGCCCACUGGAUGGCGUCCGAGCAUGUCAAACUCGCCAAGAAAAAAGCUGCCGACGAAGCAAAGGCUAAAAAGGAAAUGGACGAGGCCGCGGCGGCGGAAGCGACAGCAGAAGCCGAACGAGCCAAACAAGAGAAGGAGGCGGCCGAGAAGCUGGCCAAAGCCGAGCGGGAUCGGUUGUAUCAACCGACCGACAACGACGGCGUCGGCGGUGAAGACGGCGAACUUUUGGAAUCGACAAAGGAAGAGAACGGACCUGAAGGCCAGGACGACGUGGAAGAAAAGGAGGACGAAGACGAAGAAGAAGAGGAGGAGGAAGAAGAAGAGGAAGAGGGAGAUGGUGGUGCCAAACAUGUAGAUGAAGUUAUGAAGGAAGACUAG